AUUGUCACAGGACGCCGCAUGAAAACAAAACGUUUUCGCAAUUUUUUGGAAAAUAUUUAGCAUUUCUUACAUUUCCACUAAUAAAAUAUGGCGCUAAAUAAGCCAAAGUCAGAGUUGACUCCGGAAGAAUUGGCUCGUCAGGAGGAGGAGGAAUUCAACACUGGCCCCCUUUCUGUUCUCACACAGUCCGUGAAGAACAACACUCAGGUUCUGAUUAACUGCCGUAAUAAUAAGAAACUCCUGGGACGGGUGAAAGCCUUCGAUCGCCACUGCAACAUGGUUUUGGAGAAUGUGAAGGAAAUGUGGACAGAAGUUCCACGCACAGGAAAAGGAAAGAAAAAAGUUAAACCCGUGAAUAAGGACCGUUUCAUCUCGAAGAUGUUCCUGCGAGGGGAUUCAGUUAUUCUUGUAUUGAGAAAUCCUUUGGCUACCGUAGCAGGCAAAUAAAUUUUAUUAUACCGUAAUAAAAACGCACUGAAAAAGUA